AUGGAUGCUCCGGCGCUUCUUCUCUUUUCAGCGGUUCUGACCGCUGUUUCUGGGGACCAUGCCCAAGUAUCUCAUGGACAAGAUCAACUCUGGCUGCAAGGAGAUUUCACAAUUGCGGGACUUUUUUCACUCCACUACACAGACGGACCCAGCGAUGGUCUUCCAGCAUUGGGUCCCUGCAGUGAUGGCAGAGAAAACAAACAUGGCUUCCACCUGCUGCAGUCUAUGAGGUUUGCAGUCGAAGAAAUCAACAACAGCAGUGGACCGCAGUCUCUCUUGCCAGGAGUCAAACUGGGCUACCAACUGUAUGACACCUGCACGAUGCCGGCGAGUGUCCUGGCAACACUGGAAAUACUGGAGGAGCAUAUCCAAGACGAUGACUUCAUCCAAAACCAGACAGCGGUGGCUGUGAUUGGGCCGGACAGCAGCAGCAAGUCGUUCACACCAGCGUCUUUACUCGGGGCGUAUCUCAUCCCACAAAUAUCCUACCAAGCUUCCAAUGAAAUGCUGAGCAACAAGUUCCUCUAUCCUGGCUUUUUCCGCACCAUCCCCAGUGACAAGAACCAGGUGAAAGCUAUGAUUCAGCUCCUGGUCCGGUUCAACUGGACCUGGAUUGCCCUGCUGGGCAGCGACAAUUCUUAUGGUCUGGCGGGUAUGCAGAGUUUAUAUGAGCAGGCAGAGGAGUAUGGCAUCUGCGUGGCCUUUCGGGGAAUCAUCCCAUCAUACAAGCCUGAGGCCGCGCCAGUCAUGAAGAACCUGGUGGAGGGCAUCCUGAGAGCCAAAGUCAACACCAUCGUGCUCUUCUCCAGCAAAUCCAAACUCAGCGGCUUCAUCCCGUUUGUGGUGGAGCGUAACGUGACAGGCAAAGUGUGGAUCGGGACAGAGGACUGGUCUGUGUCUACUAUGAUCUCAGGGAUUCCUGGGGUCCAGACUAUAGGCACUGUGCUUGGCGUGUCCAUUAAAUACGCGUCCUUGGACGGGUUCUACCAGUACGAGCAGAAACUAGCGAAAGCCUCAGUGGAAUACAGCAGCAAGGAUCCUCAAGAGAACUGUUGUCUUCAGAGCGUAGACCUGUGGAGCCUCAGCAGGAAGAACUUCUCACUGGAGGAGUAUGACGUCACCUCUGCAUCCAACGUGUACAAAGCUGUGUAUGCCGUAGCACAUGCCUUGCACAAGACACUGGACUGUGACUCUGGACAGUGUCAGAUGAGGCGAGUGCGUCCAUGGCAGCUUCUGUCCUCACUGAAGCAGGUCCGCUUCUCUCUGGACAACACCUCGGUGUACUUUGACUCGAAUGGCGACCCUCCCACAGGAUAUGACAUCAUCACGUGGAUAUGGAGCGGCAAGGACUGGACUUAUAGAUCAGUCGGAUCCUUCAGUCCAGAUCCCAUCAGACUCACAAUCGAUGAAGAUCGAAUUGAGUGGCACACGGCCUCCUCAAAAACAGUACCAGAGUCGCUCUGCUCUCCUCCAUGUCCAAAAGGCCACAGGAAGUUGUUGCUCGGUCAGCAUGCCUGCUGCUUCGACUGCCAGCCCUGUGCAGCUGCCACCUUCCUGAACACCAGUGAUCCCACCACAUGUCAGAGGUGUCCACGCCAGCAGUGGUCUCCUGAGAGCAGUGAGGAGUGUCUGGACAGAACUGUCCUCCUCCUGGCCUGGGAUGCUCCUCUCUCCAUCGCUCUGCUCUUCUUCCUGACCUGCUGUGUUCUCUUGACCACCAGCUCCACUAUAAUCCUCUUCCUCAACCUCAACACCCCCGUGGCAAAGUCAGCCGGCGGCCGAACUUGUCUCCUGAUGCUGGCGGCCCUAACCACCGCCGCCAUGAGCUCUCUGACCCACUUCGGGCAGCCCUCCCCGCUGGCUUGCAUCCUGAAGCAGCCUCUCUUCAUCUUCAGCUUCACGGUGUGUCUGGCCUGCAUCACUGUCCGCGCUCUUCAGGUCCUCUGCAUUUUUAAAUUUGCCACCAAGCUUCCACCAGCUUAUGAUAAGUGGACGAAGAACCAUGGCCCAGAGUUGACCAUUCUCAUUGUGUCUGUCAUCAUCUUGGUCAUAUCUGUGCUUCGUGUUGCCAUCGAUCCUCCAGAACCAUCCCAGGAUCUUCACUUCUACCAUGACAGUAUCGUCCUGGAGUGCAGCAACACACUCUCCCCUGGUUCAGGCCUGGAGCUUGGUUAUGUGUCACUGCUCAGUGUGCUUUGUUUCACCUUCAGCUACAUGGGCAAGGACCUUCCUGCCAACUACAACGAAGCCAAGUGUGUGACCUUCAGUCUGAUGGUCUACAUGAUUUCCUGGAUCAGCUUUUUCACCCUCUACUUCAUCAGCAGAGGAACAUUCACCAUGGCAGCUUACGUGUUUGCCAUUCUCUUCAGUGUCUUGGCUGUGCUCGGUGGCUACUUCUUACCAAAAAUGUAUAUAAUUGUCCUGAGACCUGACCUGAACACCACAGCCCACUUUCAGAACUGCAUUCAAAUGUACACUAUGACUAAGCAAUGA